AUGUUUAACGAGAUCGAUGGGGAUUUUGACGAUGUAGCCAUCAGCACAUUCAAGCUCAGCCUACUUGCCGAGCAUGGCUUAAGGAAAUCUUUGACUGGGAAGCCUGUUACCAGUGAGAAGAGGGAUUUUAGAUCGGACCAUUACAACAAUAACAAAGCUCGGAAGGAUUUUUCUGGGGAGUCUGAGCCUACAGCUCCUCAAGCAGUUAAUAUUGUGUUCAGAGAACCGGUACAUCAGGUUUUGGAGAAGAUAAAAAAUGAGCAAUACUUCAAGUGGUCAAAUAGAACAAGUGGAGACCCUUUGAGGCGCAACCAAGACCUUCACUACCAAUACCACCAAGAGAGGGGACAUACCAUCGAGGACUGUAGAACACUAUGGAACCAUCUGGAGCAAUUGGUCAAGGAAGGGAAGUUGCAACAAUUUCUAUACCAGCCCAAUGAAUAA